CUCUAGUUAUCAGCUGUGUGGCGAUUGAAUUGGUGACUUUGUUUGUAAAUAAAAUGAAUUACAAUGCCAAGCGUGUGAUGCGCCAGAAUUCGGUUUGCAUAGGCUCCAACGACUUGGCAUCGUCGCCGGUAAUGGUAGGAGCUGCCCCGCCCUCGGCGCCAAGCACGCCGCAGCUGCAGACCACGGAGGACAUCAAGCCACUUCAUGUGCAGCGCCAGGUUAUCCUGCUGCAGAGUGCCACCAUUCCGCCGAAUCCCUCGCCGCAGCAGGUGACCAUAGUUGGACAAAAUGCAGCCGGCGGCGCAAGUGGAAGCAACGCUUCCAACGUCCAGAUUCCCGACGAUGCGCCCGUCUCCCUGCUCACGGAGAUCGCGGACAUCAUGCGGAGUUUUGGCGAUAGCGACCAGCCGAGGACAGCGAGCGUCAAGCUGGUGGAGCAGAUCCUGCAACAGCAGCUGCGCGGUAUCUUCAACGAGGCCUCUCUGGUGGCCAUGCGCCGUAAGCAGAAUCCCUGCCCCUCGCAGGCGGACUUCGAGUUCCUGAUGCGCAACCAUCCAGUGAAGAUAGCGCGCAUGCGAAAGCACCUGAAGGACAUGCGGAUUCUCAAGCGAUUCCUCAGCAUCCGCACGGGUAGGCCGCAGGACUUUAUGGACGACCUAGAGCAGCAGGAAGAGGACGAGGAGCUGGCCAUCGAUGUGCACGAGCUGCAUGACGAGGACCGCAUGCGCCGGCUGUUUCGCGCCGAUCGCAUCUCGCAGAUCCUAACCGGCCAGCAGUACCUGGAGUUUAACGAGGCACGCAAGACCUCCUUCUACUGUCGCCACGGGGAGAAGAUCAAGAACAAGUUCAGGCGCUUUCUCGACCUUCCCGCCGACCUGCGCAUCCCCACGCCCACCAUGAACAUUUUGGCCUACUUGGCCCAUGAGACCAUCGCCGCCAUUGUCGACUAUUCGAUUCUAACGCGCUUAAACUCGAGCAACCGUGUCACCGAGCCCUACAGUCGAGUGACCUCCGCUGGCGGCAGUCCGGCCAUGAUGCACGUCUGUCCCGAGGUCACCCAGGGACGCGGCUUGGAAGUCGUCAAGCCCAUCAGUGUGCCGGAAAUCCACGAGGCCAUGCGCCGUUUCCGGCAAAUGAGCAAUCGAAAGAUUGGACGGUAUCGCAAUUCAUGCGACAUCGAUUUCCGGCGCAGUUUUCUAGCCAUUUAAAUUGUUUUUCCAUUUAAACGCUUUAUAUGAUUAGUUUACUUUCUUAUUCAUUUUAUAAAUCGAAUCUACAUUUUAUUAAUAUCUUUCGCUAGUUUUUUUUAUUAAUAUCUUUUAUCCUUUGUGUUUAACAUUCGAGACGGAAUAGUUGAUCCUAUUAUAUUUCAUGAAUUAUAAAUUCCUUUCCUAUUAAGUUAAGUCCUACCAUUAACUUGUUUAAUAUUUACAAAAAUAAACAUUUAUGUUUAAAGCAA